AUGUCGUUCGGCGGUCAAACACCGACCAUUGUGGUGUUGCGGGAAGGUACCGAUCAGUCACAGGGUCGCGGGCAGGUAAUAUCAAACAUCAACGCCUGCCUUGCUGUACAGGCUACGAUCAAGGGAACUCUAGGACCAUAUGGCGGUGAUUUACUCAUGGUCGACGAGAAUGGCAGGCAGACGAUUACCAACGAUGGCGCCACAGUUAUGAAGCUCCUUGAUAUUGUCCACCCCGCCGCCCGCGUCCUCACCGACAUCGCACGAUCGCAAGACGCCGAAGUGGGCGAUGGUACCACUUCCGUUGUGGUCAUCGCAGGAGAAAUACUGAAGGAGAUCAAGGAUUUCGUCGAGCAGGGAGUCAGCAGCCAGACUAUCAUGAAGGGUCUGCGGAGAGCGUCCCAUCUUGCUGUCAACAAGAUCAUGGAGAUUGCCGUAGACACCGCGGAGGGCAACCAGCGGGAUACUCUCCAAAAGCUCGCCGCGACCGCCAUGAGCAGCAAGCUGAUCCACAGGAAUGCCGACUUCUUCACAAAGAUGGUCGUAGACGCCGUACUCUCGCUCGACCAGGACGAGCUGAACGAGAAGCUCAUUGGAGUGAAGAAGAUCACCGGUGGUGCGCUUCAAGACUCGCUUUUCGUCAACGGUGUCGCAUUCAAGAAGACCUUCUCAUACGCCGGUUUCGAGCAACAACCAAAGACAUUCAAACAGCCGAAGAUUGUUUGCCUGAACGUCGAACUUGAGCUGAAGAGCGAGAAGGACAACGCUGAGGUACGGGUAGAGCAGGUCUCGGAAUACCAGGCGAUCGUCGACGCAGAGUGGCAGAUUAUCUACAACAAGAUGGAAGCGUUAUACAAGACAGGUGCCAAGGUCGUGCUGAGCAAGCUUCCCAUUGGCGAUUUGGCGACACAGUACUUUGCGGACCGCGACAUCUUCUGUGCCGGACGAGUAGCCGCAGACGAUCUUGACCGUGUAUGCCGAGCAACGGGCGCGAGCCUCCAGUCCACUUGCUCAGACAUCCAGAGCAAGCACCUAGGAACCUGCGAAUCCUUCGACGAGCGACAAAUCGGUGGCGAGCGUUUCAACUUCUUCGAGGGCUGCCCAGAGGCCAAGACUUGCACGCUGGUGCUUCGCGGUGGCGCAGAGCAGUUCAUCGCCGAAGUUGAGCGAAGCUUGCACGAUGCGAUCAUGAUCGUCAAGCGUGCGAUCAAGAACAGGAACAUUGUUGCCGGAGGUGGUGCCGUCGAGAUGGAGAUCUCAUCAUACCUACACAACUAUGCCGACAAGAACAUCCCGCAUAAGCAACAACCCAUUAUCAAGGCGUUCGCGAAGGCACUCGAGGUCAUUCCCAGGCAGUUGUGUGACAACGCCGGUGUCGACGCGACAGACAUCCUCAACCGACUCCGCGUAGAGCACAAGAAGGGCAACAUCUGGGCCGGUGUCGACUUCACCACGGAGAGCAUAGCGAACAACAUGGAGAAGUUCGUCUGGGAGCCUAGUCUGGUCAAGGUCAACGCUCUACAGGCGGCGACAGAGGCGGCCUGCCUGAUCCUGAGCGUUGACGAGACAAUCAAGAACCAGGAGUCACAGCAACCACAAGCACCCAACAGGCCGCUACCGCCUGGCGCCGCACAAAGGGCGUUGGGUGGCAGGGGACGUGGCCGCGGCAUGCCCAGACGAUAA